GGUAGGGGAUUCAAAUGAAAGGAGGGCAGAGCGGACAAAGCCAAAUCAAUCAAAUGAAGUCAAGGCAAGGCGGGAAACCAUUGAGAAUCUAGUUUCGUAUUCUCAUCUCUCUGCUUCUGCUUCUGCUUCUGCUUCCCCAAACCACAACUAUCUCCUGUUCGAUUUCUGCAUUUUUCAGUCAAAUCCAGCAGAAAGAAUGAAAGAAAUGCAACAAAACAACGAAAGAAAAUUCUGAAUUCUGAAUUCUGAAUCUGCUCGUCAUCGCGCUCUCUACUGUUCCCCUCGAACAGAUAUGGCGAGGACCAAACACAUGGCUCAACGGAAGCGAAAUCGCCGUCAAUCCGCCUCCACAUCUGCAGCAACCAGCACACCACCGCCUGCUGCAACACCUUCGGCACCUACGAGAAGAAGCCCCCGGGGUGAGCCGUUGAGUACAAGACAUGAGUCAGGGAAGAAGAAGAGGCGGUAUAGGCAAGGGACGGUGGCGCUUCGCGAGAUCCGGCAUUUCCAGAAGACCUGGAAACUCCUCAUUCCAGCUGCUCCUUUCAUAAGAACUGUGAAAGAGAUUAGUAACUUUUUUGCCCCUGAAAUCAGCCGGUGGACAGCUGAAGCUCUAGUGGCAAUUCAGGAGGUGCGCCUUGCGCCUCGGGCUCCAGGACCCUUUGCACCUCAAUGCGCCUAUCGCCUUUCAGAACUAUGGCUCACUAUUUUAAUGGCAGCGGAAGAUUAUUUAGUUCGUUUGUUUGAAGAUGCAAUGCUAUGUACAAUCCAUGCAAAGCGAGUGACACUCAUGAGAAAGGACUGGGAGUUGGCUCGGCGGCUUGGAGGAAAAGGGCGACCUUGGUGAGAGCAUCAGAUUGGUUACCCACACUAGCAGUGGUGAUUUAUCCAAUUAUGGAAUCUCAAGCUAUAUUUUAACAGCAACUUCAUAUCUGGCAAGAUAAAAUAGUUGGAAGUAAUGAGGAAUCCUGGCCCUUUAGAUAUCAUUACCAAUGCAUGCAUUGCUUCCCCAAUACGCUGCAGCGUUAUAAAGAACUUUCAUUCUCUGUUUUAGUGAAGAUUCAAUUUGCUUGCCAGAUGUGAUAGUACAAGCUUUCACUGUAGAACAUUUCAGAUUGAACAGGUAGGCAAGAUUCGGGCAGAAACUGCGAGGCAACAUAUGGUUUGUGCUGGCAGAUGUGUAAAGAGGCUUAUCCUUAUAACUAGUAAUUCAUUCUAGUCUUCCACCUCCUGGUUCUGCUUCUUGGUUUAUUUUAUACUUGGAAAUUGAAGUUCAAUUACCUGUGUCAUUUAUUUGAAAGUUUUGUGGUGAAGGGGGUUCAGCUAGAGUUUUAGUAGCAUUGGGAUUUCAAGUCCUAUAAGAUUGAAAAAUUAUAUGAGAAGACUCCCAAGAUAUUGAGUAGCCCUAGGAGAUUUAUUAAGGGCAUACAUCUUUGCAUAUUUAUAAAUUUGAUAGUAUGGAUGAAUGUAUAAAAAAAUCCCUUGUUUUCAAUAGUUUGUCUUAUUCUUCAUCAUUUGUAGUAAAAAUUUCCCUGCUAUUAAAAAAUAGAGGGUGAGCCAUGGUAGCAACGGCAAGGUUAUUUAGAAGAACAAGACAAGGCAGUUAGUUAACAAGCUAGAACAUAAAGUGACUGGUGUGAAAUGUUUUUAUUAAAGUGAAGCAUAAUACAAAUGGUUUUGUGUGAAGAACUCAGGCAAGGGUAGCUACAAAGGGUUAUACACCAAAGUUGUAUUGAUUAUAAAGAAACAUUUGCUUUGGCAGCUGGCUUGGGUGCUAUGAAUUUAUCAUUGCAUCGGCAACACAAAGGCUGGUUGUUUUAUCAACUUGACAUGAAAUCUGCUCUCUCUUGAUUGGAGAAUUGAAAAAGGAAGUUUGUGUUGAACAAUCCAGGAUUUGUGAUUGAAGGUGGGGAAAAUAUAGUGUACAGUUUGAAGGAAGCAAUGCAUUGGUUGAAGGAAGCUCCAAGAGCUUAGUAUAGUCAAAUUGACAAUCACUUUUGUAUUUCUGCUUGUAAAUUCAGUUACUGUAGUGGAAAAGAUUUCAGGAAAAAGCAAAAAUGAGGCAGCCUUUUAUGUUAAGCAUGGCAAUAAUGA